CUUGACCAGAGAGUCCAGCAGUUCCUUUGUCGAGUGCUGGUUAGAUCAUAGUUUCAACACAGCACAGCAGCAACAACAGCAGCAACAACAACAUGGACAUCUUCAACUUGGGCGGUGCUCACUUCCAAAGUGGCCUCAGCGUGCCGUCUAUUGGCAAGGCCAAGGGCAGCAGCAGCCUCGGCCUCUCCGGGGUCGGCAACGUGUCGGCAAAUGUUGACAUCGACCUCUCCCAGGGCCUCAAGGGCCUCACCGGAGGUGUCGAGCUGACUAAGGACAACGGCAAUGUCUUCACCAGCGGUGCCUCCAAGGCGUCUCAUGAGGACGUCAGCCACCAGGCCAUCAGCUCCUACUUCAUCGGCCCUCAAGCGGAGAAUAUGGCAUACUUUAGGAAGAACAUCGGUGUGCUUCUCGACCAGCUGGAGAAGGCGAGACUGAACUACUUCCCUGGAGACGGGGUUUUCAUUACCAAGGAUAUCCAGCAGUCAGAGGAAUUCAAGAACCGUACCGAGGCUGUGGCCAAUGCCACGCAGCAGCUAGGUAGACUUCUUGGCCAGCACUCGGUCCCGUUCUGGUCGCCCAGGUACCAAGGCCACAUGUGCAUGGACAUCAGUAUGCCCUCGCUCCUUGGGUACUUCACGACCAUGCUCUACAAUCCGAACAACGUGGCUUUUGAGGCGUCGCCGCUCUCGACCCUCGCCGAGAUUGAGGUUGGAAAGCAGCUAUGUGACAUGUUUGGAUAUAACAUCAAUGUCGAGAACGAGAGCCACCCUGACCCAGAGGGACCAGAACCCUGGGGCCAUGUGACUUGUGACGGGACUGUUGCGAAUCUUGAAUCGAUCUGGUGCGUUCAUGCUCGCAACCUCAAGUUCUAUCCUCUCUCCCUCCGUGCGGCCAUGGAAGGUCCACUCUCGGACGUCGCAACCACAUUCAAGGUUCGCACCACAGAUGGCAAGGAAGACCUCUUGAUCAAUUUGUCUACCUGGGAGCUCCUCAACCUACGGGUCAACACCAUUCUUGACCUCCCAGACAGGCUCAAUAGCGACUAUGGCAUUUCCUCGCAGUACAUAGAGACCAUCAUGGAUCAAUACGGCAUCCAGUCCCGCGGAAAGGAGGCGCUGGAACGCCAAUUCGGCAUUGAAAAGACAGGACAAUACUUUGUAUCCAACACUCGUCACUAUUCCUGGCCCAAAGGAGCAGCCAUUGCUGGUAUCGGGUCUGAGAACAUGGUCGGCAUCCACGUCGACAACGGAGCUCGUCUCGAUGUCGAUGAGCUUCGCGCGGCUCUCGAGGAACGCCUCGAGAACAAACAGGCUGUCUAUGGCGUGGUUGCCAUCGUCGGAUCCACCGAGGAGGGUGCUGUUGAUCCACUCGACGAAAUCAUCGCCCUGCGAGACGAGUACCAGGAAAAGGGUCUGUCUUUCAUCGUCCAUGCUGAUGCCGCCUGGGGAGGCUAUUUUGCGUCCAUGCUGCCCAAGGACUAUGCUCCUGACAGUGGUCGUUUUGGGCUCCUCCCGCCUGACCUUGGAGGCCCUGCGACUGGCUUCGUGCCAGACAGUCCCCUGCGGAAAAAGACGCAGGACGCCAUAUGGUGGCUGCGAAAGGCCGACUCCAUCACUGUUGACCCUCACAAGGCAGGAUACAUCCCGUAUCCUGCUGGUGGUCUAUGCUACAGAGACGGGCGACUGCGGCACCUUCUCACCUGGAAUGCCCCCUAUCUAUCCCAGGGUUCCACCGAGAACAUUGGUGUCUAUGGAGUGGAAGGAAGCAAGCCUGGAGCCUCAGCCGUGUCAACGUACAUGGCCAACGCUUGUAUUGGGCUGGACGAGAAGGGUUACGGUGCGCUCCUGGGGGAAGUGUCCUUCACUUGUGGUCGUCUCGCUGCACAGUGGGCGGCCAUGACCGAUGAGAGUAUGCCUUUCGUGGUCGUACCUCUCAACCUGCUCCCUUCCGAGCUGGCAGAGGGCUCAACAAAAGAGUCGGUCGAGGAGGAGAAAGAAUGGAUCAGAAACAAUAUCCUCUCCUCGUCCAACACGGAGAUCGUGCAGAAUAACUCCAAGAGCCCCGGUGGGGACGACGCCAUCACGCUCAUCCGGAAGCUCGGAUCGGACCUGAAUAUCAACGCCUUCGCCUGCAACUUUCGAUUUAGCGACGGUAGGCUGAACACGGAUCCGGCCGAGGCCAACUACUUCAACAGGCGGAUCGUGGAUCAUCUCUCUGUCAAGACGCCAGAGGACAACCCGACCGAAAUUCCUCUCUAUCUCACGUCUACUGAGUUUUACCCAGACCUCUACGGAAAUUGUCUCAAGACGUUCAAGGAGAGACUUGGCCUGGUGGAUGGUCCACAGGAACUGUUUGUGCUGAGGAAUGUGGUCAUGUCACCUUUCCCGACGGAAAAAGACUUCAUCGGUCAUCUGGCUGGUAUUUUCAAAGAAGUCGCCCAGGAGGCAGUCUGCCGUGAGAGGAACGAGGCGACCGAGGCCAUCCACUCGUUCAUGAUGCAGGGCAAAGACCGCAUAUACAUCCUGCACAAGCCCAGUUUCCAUGUGGCCAAUCAUCGGCGCCAGACACUUCUCGAGGUUGAGCUGCCGAGCCGCGCGAGGGAUUGGUACAACAGCGUGACGUCUCAGCACCCAGAUGGCCUCAUUAUGUUUGAUAUGGUAAAUCCUGUUGACCUCAACAACGCUAUCGAGAAUAACAAAGAGUUGUAUGGGAAUAUCAGCCUUAAAUCUCCUGAGGAUUCCACCGAGCUCUCAGACGUCUCACUCAAGAUCAUUCGCCCUUGGCUGAACCGCCAGCUCAACGGAAUGUACCUGGGGUCCAGCUACCCAACGGACCGGAUGCCCUUCUAUCUCUACGGCGACUCGAGCUCAUUGAACAUCGACCACGCGCUGCUGGCCUCUCCCAACAUUCAGCUCUCGGCCAAGGACAUCCGGCUAGCGAUUGAAUCCUCUUCUUCUUCUUCCUCCUCCUCAUCAACCAACCUGAGGUUCGAAAAUGGGCGUCCUUAUGUGCUGCUGUUUGACUCUGUCCGCGAGGAGACGAUGCAGCCCUUCCCGGACUCCAAUAAGGUACUGGCAGACCUGCCGGCCUUCUUCUUCCGGCCUGGGAAGGAAUUUGUGGUCAGUAUCUGGGAGGAUCCGACGCCCGAGGGCGCCAGUGGUGCCGAUGUCCUGAAGGCCUGGGAGGCGCUGGGGCGUGACGGCCAACAAACUGGGCUCGUGAGCCGAGGAAGAGUGACCUUGGGCGAUUCUGUCUUUGUGGAUGCUGAGUUCCUGAACCUGGAUCCGUACAGAAAGGUGAGCAAUGUCUCUGGCUGGACUGAUGAGUUCAAGACCAUUGGGAAGCAGUUGAGGAAGUAAGGAAUGAAUGCAAUAUGGUUUUGGACGAGUUUCUCUGUGAAGGAAGAGUCCAACAAAGUUGUUUUGAGAAGUGCUGGGAGAUUGAUCUUGUGGAGGAGAGCCAGAACAACAGAUCACAUUCAUUCAGUAACUACGUACUUGGACAUUACAUAGCAAACUGCUUCAACAAAUUGAUCCCAAAUCAAGCC